UUUGCAAGGAAAUGCGUUUGUUUUUAAUGUAAUUAGUGACAAAAAUUAUGAAAAAACCUUCGCUGAAGUACCACAUUCUUAAUUAACAGUGAAUUUAUUACAUUUUUUAUAAGUUUUAGUUAAAUUUUUUAGUCACCGCCGUAAUAACAUGGUGUUAGUUCAAUGGAGAAGCAGAUUUAAUUUGAGAGGACUCUUCGAAAAUACUAAGAGUGCUGUAGCCUGGAGAAUAUCUCAGGCUGUAUUAACAUUCUACGCGCUUACAUACAACAUACACAUGAGCCGGAGCUAUGUGGUGGAUUGUCUUUUGGAACCCAUAUUUUGGUUUGGCGACAACUUUGCAGGAUGUUUGGGAAAGGUUUUUGUUUUCUGUGUGACAGUUCUAACAACAGCGGUCGUUUCAAUUGCCUAUUGGGUUGGGUUGCCAUAUUGGUGGGAGAGAGAUCCAUAUGUGACAGUGUUUUUGGUGAUUUUUGGAAAUUGGGUCUUGAUUAAUAUUGUAUUUCAUUAUUACAUGGGUGUUACUACCUCACCAGGAUAUCCACCUGAUGGAGCAGUGAUAGCAGAAGCUGCUAGCAUAUGCAGAAAGUGUAUAACACCCAAACCACCGCGCACUCAUCACUGCUCAGUUUGCGACCGAUGCAUCCUCUGUAUGGACCACCACUGCCCCUGGCUCAACAACUGUGUUGGAUACUUUAAUGCCCGCUACUUUUUCCUCUACAUGGCUUAUAUGGUUACUGGAGUGACAUUUCUCAUAGUCGCUGGCCUCGAUCUGGGAUAUCAAGUUCUAUGGAUAAAUGAUAAUGGUGGCCUCACAAACGAGGAUGAACCGGAUUUGAUCGGACACCCAGUGCGCUUGAAUCAGAGCGGCGUGUUUGUACCAGGACAGUUCAUUGCCGAGUACGAUGCCGAAAAUGUUCCACGAAGGCACAAUUUGCCUAUCAUUAUAAUCACGGAGGCUCAACGGAUCACAGCAAGCGGGGCGAAACGUAAGGCAGUUGUUUUUAUGGUAAUCAUGUGUCUGUCUGUAUUCUUCGCUCUUGGCACACUCACUGUUAUCCACGCGAGGAAUAUAACCAGAGGCGAAACGAGCAUUGAAUCCCAUUUAAACGCCACACUGAGGAAGACGCACAAGAGCCACCAAUUCAGGAACCCGUACAACUUUGGCCGGAAGAAAAAUUGGAAACUGUUCCUCGGACUGACGCAAGGUAGGACGUUCCUGAGACACAUCCUGUUCCCAUCCCGACAUCCUCCGGCUGGCACGGGACUGACAUGGCAUACUCCGAGUAAUGGAAUUGAAGAUUGGCCUUAACUCAACAAUUAUUGAAGAUUUAAAGUAUUAUCCGAUCGAUUUGUUACAGAUCCACUGAUGUUUUUACAACAAGCGUGAAUAUUAUUGAUGUUUAGUCAGCACAGAUUAGAUAACGGCACGACAUUUACGGUCAAGGUGACAUUAGCACUUUUGUAAUGAGACCAAUAAUGGCGUUAUUACAUUUUUAACAAACAUAAAUUUCUUCGUGUUAAACCCGCGUGGCUAGGGGAUUAGCUCAAUAUCCCUCUGACCUAACGAAGGGCUUGUUAUUACUUUUUAAACUGAGUAAGUUUUGUAUUAAUUCGUUAAUUCGUGGUGCGAAACACUGAGCAAAGAAAACAAAUACAUUUAUCUUCUUUCUCGUACUAUUUGUACUAAGUCUAAGCAUUUAUUUACAGUAUACAUAAUAAUUAUGUAUACCUACUUUACAAUCUGUUCAUCAUCUAAUGUUGUUCUGCUCCGUAUUCAUAGAGGUGCCGGAUUUUUAUCUUUCUCUUUGUCCAGGCAGGCGUUAAUCAAGUGUUAUUUAUGGGAAAUGUACAAUAUAUUCUACAAAAUAUAUUAAAUACAAGUGCAGCAAGGGAGGGAUCUUGAAUAGUAUUCUUAUAUCCUAUCCAACGCCUUCGAUCGACAUCACAAUAAAGCAAAUAUCACCCAUUUAUUCGCUAAGAUUAAAGUGUUCAAGUUUUCCCCACUUUGUCGUUUGGAUUAAAAAUAAUGAAUUUCAUGCUAGUCUCAUGUUCAUUAGUGAGCCUUUAUGAAGCUUCCUAUUCGAGAGUUUCCAUUUUAAUUGUAUCAAUGUUAAGCUGUUAAUCGUAGCUAACUGUAACUUAUAUGAAAAUUCUGGAUUGUUAUUACAAUUUCUACGUAUGCCCUCUUUCGAAUAUUAUACUCGCAUUUAUAAUUAUUGAGAUCAAGUCUACCCAUCUUGUCAUAGUUGAUUUAACCGGUUUAUCUCGAUAUAUUAGGGUUGGUCAGAGUCGGUAUUAGAUUAUUCAGUGAUUUAAUGGCGCUAACCUAAUUUGAUGCCACCAGUAAACUGUACCUACUUUCAAACUCCGAACCGCCCCUUACGGUUUCAAAUAUAUCCUGAAGUUGCAGAACAUACAGUAGGCUGUACGUAAACUUGAAAUAUAUGUUGAGCCAAUAGGAUUAAAAAACAUUUUUGACGUCCAUUUUUAAAUGUUCCAUUCGGAAUGAUCUCAUUUUUUAAUCAUUGUACCUUAUUAUGACCGUCUUAUUAUUUAAUAUAGGAAUCGACUAUAGGUGCUAGAAUAGUAAGAAAAGUCUUUAUUAGAACAGAUAAAUCUUUACAUGUUUAUCUAUUCUACCGCGUUUUAUAGUCAGUUUUUGCGAAAUAAAGAUUAUUGCAUAUUUUAAUGUCGUCUUUUUAGAACUAUAUAUAACUUUGAAUGUGAUUGAUAAUCGAUAUUAUUAGAUGUAUUAAGUAAAAUAUUUGUCUUAUUAAUUAUUAUAAGAGCAAAUGGGUAUAAAAUAUAUUCUGUAUACUUGACUUUAAUGUACUCUUUUAAAUUAAGAUAAUAGCAUACUGGUCCUUGAUUCCCUGUGACAUUCAAGUUUUGAGUCUGCAAAUUUAUGACGUCAAUCAUGACAGUAUGAUUAUAUAGUCUCGUACAAAGAUUUGUAUGAUAUAGGUUAAGUAUUGUGUUUUACUGACAAGCAAUAUGCAGUUCUAGCAUAGAGUUAAAAAAGUUGGCCUUGCCAUUAAUAUGUGCUCUAGUUGUCAUUAACAUGUGCUCUUUAAAGCCCACCUAACCGCAUCGGAGCAGUGCGGAGGGUCACAGUUCUAAUAUCUCUCUCCCACGAGAGAAGAAGCCUGUACCCAACAGUGGGGCAUUAAUAGGCUAAAUAUGAAGAUGAUGAUAAUAAUUAAUAUAGUAAUGUCAUAGAAAUAACAAUAACAUACAUAUAAAUGAAGCAUUUUUGAAAAAAAAAUCUGCUGAUAUUUUUCUCGGUCAAAUCUACUUCCCUAACCAGUGGUAGUGUUACUAUAUAGAAAUACUUGACUUUUGUAUAUUUGUAUUUAAAGACUGUAGUAGUGCCAAAAUUUAUAGUGACAUUAAAUGCAUCUCAUAAGAGGUACAUUUUAGUUAAGCAUUUUUAUAAAUCUGCUCUGUAAUUGUUAUUAGAUUAAUUGCAUAAUUAAUCAAAAAUAUAUUUGGCUCACCGCGAAUUGUUAUGACAUGUAUCGAUGGGAAUUGGGAUUUAAAUACUGGAGUAUUACCGAAUCACUUUAGUCUUGCUGAGAGACUAACGGCACGAAGAUGCUUUUAGGUGUUUUAAGCCUUUUCAGAAAACUUAAAUGUAAUACGGAAUCAGGGCCCUGGUAAAAUACUAGUCACUCAACUUCAAGUACAUAUAUAUUAUAUAUAUAUAAUUAAAUGACGAGGAAUUAAAUGAGACUUUUCUCUGAUGUUUAUUAUUUAAACGUAUUUUUAUAUUCUGAAAUCUAUCUUUAUAUAGAAUUGGUAUGUACUCUGCAUUGCAACUAAAAUGUACUAAUGUGGGGUACCCACUAAAAUAGUUUAAGAAGGAUGCUGUUACCGUAAUUGUAGGAUAACUGCGGAAACAGAAAUAAAACUAUAUUUAUUAGUACUAUAACUACUACUCUUUAUUCAAUAAAACAAAUAAUUAUCUUACAAAGUGUUAUGGCAUACAUACUAAUAUUAAACUAAACUCAUAUCUUAAAAUCCCUAUUGUGCAUUCCAAACCAGUGAAAAACUACAUUUUUUAUUCACAUAAGUGAAAUAAAUGUAAAACCACUGUCCUUAAUACUAAUUUAAAAACUCUGUGGCACAACCAAGGAGGUUUCUAUUUAUUCUAUUUUUGCAGGUUACGUUGUCUAUGGCAGUAGGACAACUUGUCUUAUAACCUGACAAUGUUUUAUCCCCACAAACUUAUCCGGGCCUGUGUAGGCGUAUUUGUUACUACUGCGACUAACAACACUAUUAUAUUUUAAAUUGGUGUCAAUUAGUUCAAUAAUUGGCUACCGUGACAGAUAAGAUAUGAGUUUAGAUUAAACCCUAUUAUGAACAGUUUCCUGAAGUACUAUUAAUAUCUAAGUAUUAAUAACAUAAGCGCCCGUAUUACGAAACUUUAUUACGGAGUUGCGAAUAAAGUUACUUUUCUCUGGUCGCUUACUCAAGCCGUAUUUACACUGCGAAACUACUUUCGACGGAUAAUCAAUUACAUAAAAUCUUAGGAGAUAGGAGUAGUAGCAGGGAUGACAUUUUUUUAGGUCAGAUCGUCCAAGGCUGUUCUGUGAAAAUUUCUUUUCGAGGGAUAUUAGUGCCCUCUACAAUCGAUAUUAAAGCCAAUACUGUAUUUUUUUUUCAUUUUUGUCUCUCUGUCGGUCGGUUAGGGCUAAUAAACAGCGUAACGUAAUGUCGGUUACUUUUUUGGUACACUUAAACUGUCUUAAACUAACGGCAUUAUUCAACAUUUCAAAGAGCGUGAAAAAACACUGCAUAUCAAUUCCAAAGUUAAGUCAAUGAAUUAAUGAACGAAUGAAUGAAUGAGUGAAUGAUUUAUUUAUUUAUAUAUAAUAUGACCCUACAAGACUUGUUUAGGAGAUAUAUUUUAAUUUUGCUGUGUAAAUCCGGCUUUAUACUCUGGAUACUCUUAGUGUGAAUUUCAAGUUAAUCCAAACGCCGGAGUAAUAUUAAUAUAUCAAGGUUCCAUGGAGUUGUCAAAUCAUGAUAUUUGAUCGCCAUUAAACAGCUCCCAUAGCAAAGUUGACAGCUUAUGUCACGUGAUAACUACGUGAAAACCAAUAAAGACAAUAAACUUUAAUUUGUUCCUUUAGUUUUUAUUUUCGAUAGUCAUCUUGGGCAUGGGUGCAGUUUUACACCCAUGGCUAACAGGUAUUUUGACAAACUGAAAACUUACACUAAGAGCGUUUGGUGUUAGUAUGUCAGCCAGAAAAAAAUGAUUCGCAUUAACUGUUUUUAAUUUUUUUUUAAUAGGAGUCUUGACCUAGUCACGAAUUUCUGUUGCCUAACUUGGGUUUAUGUACUUAGAUACGAUAACCUUAAAAUCUAUAUUGCACCUUUUGACUAGAUAAACAUAAGUACACGAUCAAUUAAAUUGCAUUGUAAACAUCUAUACUGCCUAAUGAUGAUGACACUAGGUUAUUAAAAUAUUGAUAAAUUAUUCAUUCCGUAAAAGUGUAGAAUAAUGAUGAUAAAAAAAUGAAAAAAAAAAAUAAGAAACCAAAGUAUUUGGUACUAAAUUAAUUAUUGUAGCUUUAUAAGUAUUAUAAGGUAAAGAAGUUGUGCGCCUUUCUCGCGGAAUAGUUAAAAUUGUUGUUUUACAAUUUCCUAUUGCUACAUCCGUUCAAUCUGCGGUGUUACCUUUAAACGUAGUGUUCACUUUUUGUUACAUUUAUAUACAGGGCUAAAUAUUUAAUACUUCAAAAACUAUAGAGUUGAAGAAGAGUCUUAGCACAAAAGUUGUUAGUUUCAAUGUAAACAGCUAAAGGCCGAGAGCUAUCUAGUAUUUUUAUUUAACCCUGUGUAGAUUAUUUUAGGUUAAAAAAGUGACCCAUAUUAUUAUUGCUAAAAGGUGUUUCGUAACUUAGUCACAUAUCAUUUAUAUCGACGUAUGUUUUCCUGUACGUUGUCAUAAUUAUAUAUAGAAAAACUUUUUUGUUAUAGUCCAAUUUUUUUUUCACUAUUGAAUAACUAGUAGUUGUAGGCUUUUUGUGACAGAGCUCGUCGGGGAAGUACUACUACCAGCAAUGAUGGGUUUCGGUCUGAAGGGUUGAGUUGCAAUUAGAGGCACAUGAGGCAUGAGAACCUACGCUUCAGAUCGAUGGACACAGUACGGCACGUUGCAGGAUGUUUUCCUUGCAUGCCCUGCGAAGUUUUAACAAAAAGAGGUUUUAACCUUU